AUGCUCGCGCUUCAACAGGCACAAGUCCGCUUUUCUUCAGCAACUCUGGCGCCGCCCUGGGGCCUGUGCUCCGUUGAUUUGCCUUCGGUCCUGCUUGCACCUGCACCUGCACCCGCCCGCUCGGGACGGCGAGCGACGGGCGGGAGGGGAGCUUUGGCGCGUGUCGAUCAUCGACGCCGUGGCGUACAUCGCCCACGCCGGAGCAAUCACUCCCCCGCAUGCCUCAGCAAGCUCUCGGGUUUGUUCGAGCCUGGCGCCCUCCCUCCUCCCCUCAUCACCGUCGUCCUCACUCCACAUUGGUCUGGAUGGUCUCGGGCCCGUGACGACACCACCACCCGUUCGUCGCCUUGCUUAGCGCGGCCUUGGUGGCGCUGCCCUUCGCCGCUGCGCUGGGUUGCCUGCUUGUCUGCCGCUUGCUUUCUCUGGCCUGUCAUGUUGUCGUCGCCGAAGCUGGUUGGACGCAGGUGA